AUGGUGUAUCCGGGUCCAGGCGACCCAGGAGCAGGGCGUGUACUGCUGUUUUAUGUAAUUCUCGCAGCCUGGGAGGCAGGGAGCGGCCAGAUCCAUUACUCGGUUCUGGAGGAAGCCAAACACGGUACCUUCGUGGGCCGCAUCGCGCAGGACCUGGGGCUGGAGCUGGCGGAGCUGGUGCCUCGCCUGUUCCGGUUGGCGUCCAAAGACAGCCUAGAGCUUCUGGAGGUGAAUCUGCAGAACGGCAUUUUGUUUGUGAAUUCUCGCAUCGACCGCGAGGAGCUGUGCGGUCGGAGCGCGGUGUGCAGCAUCCACCUGGAGGUGAUUGUGGACAAACCACUGCAGGUUUUCCAUGUAGAGGUGGAGGUGAAGGACAUUAACGACAAUCCGCCGGUGUUCCCAGCGACACAAAAGAAUCUGUUUAUCGCAGAAUCCAGGCCACUUGACUCUCGGUUUCCGCUAGAGGGCGCGUCGGAUGCAGACAUAGGAGCCAACGCUCUGCUGAUUUACAGAUUGAGGCCCAAUGAGUAUUUCUCACUGGACGUACCAAUAAAUGAGGAACAGGUAAAACCGCUUGGACUUGUAUUACAGAAACCUUUAGACAGAGAAAGCGCUCCAGAGCUUUAUUUAGUGCUCACGGCCACUGAUGGGGGCAAACCAGAGUUGACUGGAACUGUUCAGUUACUCAUCACAGUGCUUGAUGCCAAUGACAACGCCCCAGUUUUUGAUAGAACACUCUAUAGAGUGAAAUUACCAGAAAAUGUUUCUAAUGGAACGUUGGUAGUUAAACUAAAUGCCUCAGAUUUAGAUGAAGGAUUGAAUGGGGAUAUUAUUUACUCAUUCUCUAGUGAUGUUUCUCCUGAUAUAAAAUCCAAGUUCCAUAUAGAUCCUAUAACCGGGGAAAUUACAGUAAUAGGACAUAUUGAUUUUGAAGAAAGUAAAACCUACAAAGUUCGAGUACAGGCUACCGAUAAAGGCUUCUUACCGCUGUCUGGCCAUUCUACAGUUCUGGUGGAUGUAGUGGAUGCUAAUGACAAUGCUCCAGAGUUGACCAUCACAUCUUUGUCCCUUCCUAUCUCAGAAGACGCUCCCCCAGGAACAGUCAUCACCUUGGUUAGUGUGUAUGACCGCGAUUCUGGAGUCAAUGGGCAAGUGACGAGCACCUUGACACCAAAUGUCCCCUUCAAGUUGGUGUCCACCUUCAAAAAUUACUACUCACUAGUCCUGGAAAACUCCUUGGACCGCGAAAGUGUGUCAGCCUAUGAUCUGGUGGUAACAGCACGGGACCGAGGCUCACCUUCUCUGUCAGCCACUGUUAGUGUGUCGGUGGAGGUGGCCGACGUGAACGACAACGCGCCCACGUUCCCACAACCCGAGUACACGGUGUUUGUUAAGGAGAACAACCCUCCAGGCAGCCACAUCUUCACUGUGUCGGCACGCGACGCGGACGCGCAGGAGAACGCGCUGGUGUCCUACUCGCUGGUGGAGCGGCGGGUGGGCGAGCGCGCGCUGUCGAGCUACGUGUCAGUACACGCCGAGAGCGGCAAGGUGUACGCGCUGCAGCCGCUGGACCACGAGGAGCUGGAGCUGCUGCAGUUCCAGGUGAGCGCGCGCGAUGCGGGCUUCCCGCCUAUGGGCAGCAACGUGACUCUGCAGGUGUUUGUGCUGGAUGAGAACGACAAUGCGCCGGUGCUGCUGCCGCCUGGGUCUGGUGGCGCGGGUGUUUCGGGGAGCGAGCUGGUGCCGCGGUCGGUGGGUGCGGGCCACGUGGUGGCGAAGGUUCGCGCUGUGGACGCGGACUCGGGCUACAACGCGUGGCUGUCGUAUGAGCUGCAGCUGACGGCGGGCGGUGUUCGAAGUCCGUUCCGCGUGGGUCUGUACACAGGCGAGGUGAGCACUACGCGCGCUUUGGAUGAGGCAGAUGCACCGCGCCAGCGCCUGUUGGUGCUGGUCAAGGAUCACGGCGAGCCGCCUCUGGCGGCCACGGCCACCAUUCUUGUGUCGCUGGUGGAGAACAAUCAGGUGCUGAAGACGUCGUCGCGGGUGUCGUCUGGAGCUGUGGGCCCAGAGACGGCGCUGGUGGAUGUCAACGUGUAUCUAAUCAUUGCCAUCUGCGCAGUGUCCAGCCUGUUGGUGCUUACGUUUAUGCUGUACACAGCGCUGCGGUGCUCGGCAUCGCCCCCAGAGGGUGCGCACGGGCCGGGGAAGGCCACGCUGGUGUGCUCCAGUGCGGUAGGGAGCUGGUCUUACUCGCAGCAGAGACGACAGAGGGUGUGCUCUGGGGAGGGGCAACCCAAGACCGACCUCAUGGCCUUCAGUCCUUGCUUACCUCAGGGUCCCAGCUCUCCAGGCAACGUGAGUCUAAAACAAUCUUAUUUUCAACAUUAA